CCUCCCCAGGCGCGGGCGCGCGCAUAGAGGGCGCGCACACGCUCCCUACACCAUCUCGCAAGGUAGCCGCUCCUCGGCGGCUCGGCUUGAUGGCUGGGGCGCCUCCAUCACCCUUGGGGGUCGGGGAUACCCCACAGAGGAUAUCAGCCCCCUUUUCUCCUGGCCGAUGGGCCGCAAAGAAGGCGGCAGCGGGACCAACCUGUUGACGAGGAGCGGACGAACGUGAGAAGGAAGGGAGAUGUCAACAAGCUCAGCCACCAACAGUUCAUCUUCCCCGGAGAUCCUUGGAGACAGCACAGUCCGUGACACAGUGAAGAUCAUCACUGGUGUGAUCUUCAGUUUUAUUUUCCUGGCUGGGGUGACUGGGAAUGGAAUAGUGUUGUGGGUCACUGGCUGGAAGCUGCGCUGGACCUCCAACACUGUCUGGUUCUUCAACCUCGCCUUGGCUGACUUGGCUUCCACCUCCCUAAUCCUCGUCACGGUACUAAAUUUGGCCUUGGAUCUGAAUUGGCCCUUUGGAUCCGUGGCCUGCAAAGUGGCCAACUGCCUCUUUGGCCUGAGCGUGUGCAGCGGUGUCCUGCUGCUCAGCUCCAUCAGUGUGGACCGUUGUGUGCUGGUGGUAGCCCCCGUCUGGUGCCAGAACUACCGCACCCCGCGGCUCACCUGGGGGGCUUGUGGGUUCCUCUGGCUGCUCUCCUUAGCUUUCUUCGUCCCCAGCUCCUACUUCUUCACUGAGGUCUCAGUUGAGAAGAACAACAGGAGCUCCUGCAACAACCUGGAUGUCUUCCAGGACUGGCAGGAAGCUGAAGUCCUCACCAUCUGUAUCUUUCUUUACCAGUUCCUCCUGCCUCUGUUGGUCAUCUCCAUUUCCUACACCAUCUUGGUAGUGACCAUGCACAAAAAGAAACUCAACAAAUCCAGCAAACCCUUGUUGGUGGUCACCAGGGUGGUCUUCUGCUUCUUCUUGUGUUGGCUGCCCUACCAUGCCUUGGCUCUGGCCAGGAUCUCCAUGAACGAUGUGCCAGAUGCCAUGCGCCUUGUGGCCAUCCCCCUCUCCAAGUGCCUUGCCAUGUUCAACAGCUGCAUCAACCCUUUGCUAUAUGUCUUUGUGGGGCAGGAGUUCCAGGAUGCGGUAAGGAGGUCCUUGCUGCAGGUCUUCAGGACUGCUUUUGAGGAGGCACCAGCGGGAGCCAAUGUCUGAGAAACAAACAAGAGCUGACUUCUUGGGAUUUCAUCUGUGGAAGGGGGAAUCACUCUUUUUAAUGAGUUAGAUCCGAUUGUGCUACUAGACCUCCCUAUCCUGCAAGAUAGGCGAGGAGAAGAUGACCUACUAGACUAUAGACAAUGGACUUGUGGCCCUUCAGAUGCCACUAAACUACAACUCCCAUCAUCCUUGAUUACUGUAAUGAUCAGAUCUGAUGAGUUUUGGAAUCCAGCCACAUCUGGAGGGUCACAACUCAUUCCUAUCAUCAGGCAUGCCCGUGGCAAAAGAUUCCCACUAGGACUGGUGGAGCAAUGGAAAGGAGGUACAAAGUCAGCAACAGGUGGAACUUAGUAACUUUGGUGUGUCCCCUUCUUCAUCACUGUAGUACAAAUCUGUAAUGUUUUAACAGCUACUGAACUGGUGAAUAGUUUCUCAUGUUGGUCCACUAGCUUUCACACUAUCAUCCAUGAUUCUCUGCUGGGGGGUCUCUGCAAUCUUUUGCAAGACCCCAAGAUAGUGCUCUACCUGCCCCAAUGGACAGCCUUCUCGGAGGCAGACCCAUGCAACAUUUUUGCAGCGAGAUAGUUCAAAACCAAAUUCAACGACUUGUACAAAAAUUUGCAAAAUGCACAUAGGCUGUUUUUGUCAUUGGGAAAAAAGAAUUGGCAUUCUCCUGCUUCCAAUAGCCAGAAGAAGGGACUCAGAACAAUGCACUGGAAGCCCAAGUCUGAUAAAGUAUUCUCUGGACUCCCGAGAACUCCCUGUCUCUCCCUUUUUAACAACCACAAGAGGUAGAAACUUGGGUUUUGUUUUGUUUUAUAGCUGAACAUUGCACGAUAUGACAAGUAAUUCCCAGGGCAAACCUCACCACCCCCUAGUGUGGUUGAAGUCCCAAAUGGCUGAGCACCUAGAGCCUACGAGAUGUGGACACCUGAGUGCAUCAUCAAAGCUGACCAUUUUCGAGCAUCAUUGGCGCAGUGCAGUGCAUUAUGUCUGCUCAGAAUUAAGUCCCACUGAACUCGGCUGCAUAUUGUCAGUGUGUACAGUUGCUAGACCCUUACCCAGCGGUCUCUUUGAUCGCGGGAACAAUAAAAAGAACAAAAUGA